GGGCUAGAAAUUCAAAGAAAUAAAAAAGUAUUUGCAACACAGUCGCUCGCAGCGCAACAGAGUUUUGAAGUUGGGAGUCGGCCAUGGAGCAUCUGGACGAGCUGUGCCUGCAGCAGAUAUUGGCAUACCUCCGACUGCCCGAUCAGCUGGCCAUGCUGCAGUGCGAUGAGCGCUGCUAUUCGCUGCUGAGCAGCCUCUGGCGCCGUCACCUCACCCGGAUUGAGCUGAAUUUGCUUCAGGUGCCGGUGUGCUUGGAGCACUUUGAGUUUUUGCUGCUCAAUGCCUGGAAAGAGCUGCGCGUGCUCAGGCUCAACUAUUUGGAUAAAGAGAAGUUUGAGGUGCUCGUCAGGCAUAGGUUUCCCAAGCUACAGAUGCUCCAGAUUGAUGCGCUGCCUCCCUUUUUCCUCUGUCAUCAAAAACAGCAACAACUCAGACGGAUUAUGAUCCUAAGGAAAUAUGAGGAUAAUGCCGCUGGGGCGUGUGUUGCCCAGCAAACCCAGUUGACCUGGUGAUGACUACAACAAAAUAAAAAGUAUGCCCACCAAAUAAGUAGGAGCUUCCAAUUUUAAGGCCAUCUGCAUUGAGCUUCAUUCGAUCGUAGGGUCUAUCUAACGUCUACAUCUAGAUUUUGACCCGAAUGAGAGAUUGACUGACUGACUGAUUGACUGACUGACAGCUCCAUUUUUAACUGAAGUUUUCUUAUGAGAACAAGUGCAACAUGCACUAAGACAGGGUCUUGGAAUAUUCCUCCCGGUUGAUCAUCCGAUCUACUUCAAAUUUAUUUGCAUACCUCCUUUAAAUAUUUAUUCAUAAGGAAAUUGGUUUAAACCUUUUCCUUUCUAAAGAAAAAGUAUCUAGGCUGGUAUAAACAGCUGCCAGGACAAAAUGCAUUAAUAAAUGACAAUAAGAUAAUA